AUGGCAGGAUCGGCGGUGGCGGUGGGCGGCGGGAAGUCGGAGGAGGAGCUGCGCCGCGAGAUCGAGGAGAUCGAACGGCAGCAGGCGCAGGUGCGCUCGUCGGGGCGGGCUCGUACGUGUCCCACCCGCCGCGCCUCUGAUGCCGCGUUGCCGGAUGGUGACGUGGCAGGGGGCACCAAGAGACGGCGGCUGAUGUCAGCAGUCACUCGGGUGGGGCCGGACGGGGAGCCCAUCGACCCAAUCGAACCGCGCCGCACCGCUCUCAACGCGUCCGCAGACACCACCGCUCCUCCCCCUCCGCCUGCACUUGCCUCCGCGCCCCCAUCCUCCCCGGGCGCGCCCCCUCUGCCCGCCCAUGAGCCUGCGCCCGCCCCCCCGCGCCCAGUGUUGCAGCUGGACCCUGUUGCUCGGCGCCGCCACCGCAACAUGCUGGGAGCUCUGCUCGUGGGCACACUGCAGCGCGCAAGGGAGGAGGAGGAGAGGGAUGCGGAGCUGCUGGCGCGGAGGGCGAUGAUCCAGCAGAAGGCGGAGCAGCGAGUGGCACAGGAGAGUGAGCGGUUGAAGGAGCAGGAGAGGGAGAGGAUUCUGCAGCAGCGCAAGAGAGACCUGGUGCUGAGGGCGCGGCUGAUGGCAAAGGCGGAGGAGAAGGAGGUGCAGCUGCUGGCACGCCACUGGCGCCGCCACCGCUCCCUGCUCUCCAGCUUCAUCCGCACACAGGCCUCGCCACCCAUCAUGUACCUGCCGGCCCGCCCCUCGCCAGCCACUGACAGGCUGCUGCAGACACAGGCGCAGAGCUUGGAGGAGUGGCAGCAGCAGCAGGAGCGCGAGGUGCAGCAGUUGGUGGCGGACUCGCUGCAGCGCCACCUGGCGGAAGCUGAUAGGCUCAUGCUGCCCCAGGGUGGUGAUGAGGGGCCAGCAGUGGGGGGAGGGGAAGCGGAGGGGGCAGAAGGGGGAGAGGGAGGUGAGGUGGUGGGGGGAGGUGAGGUGGUGGGGGGAGGUGAGGUUGUGGAAGGGGCCAAGGCAAUGGAGGAACAAAAGGUUGCAGGGUUCGAAUCUGAUGGUCAGGAGAGGAAAACAGCUGAAGACAGGGAAGAGGAGAGGGACGAGAGGAAAGAAGGGACCCGUGAAGUUCGGGUGAAAGCAGAGGAGGGAGCAACGGCUGUUGGUGAGCCUAUGGAAGAGGAGGAUGUGGGUGAGGAGGGGAAGAUGGAGGGUCUGGAGGAAGGGAACAGGUCUGACCAGGGCGGUGGAGGAGGUAAGGAGAGCAGUGGUGCUCGGCAGCAGUGUGCGGAGGGGGCGAGUGGUGGGGUGGGUGGAGAGAUGAGGGAGGGGCUGAGAGAUGAGAGGAAAGUUGUUGAGAUAAAGAAGGAAGGCUUGGAGGAGCGGGAUGCAGAGGAGAGGAGGGAGAGGCGGGCAAGGGGAGACAAGAGCAGGGGCAAGGCAGGUGAGGGCAGGGAGAAGGAAGGUGGGAGAGAGAGGGCGAGUGAGGGCAGGGAGGGGGCGAAUGGGGGCAGGGAGAAGGCGAGUGAGGACAGGGAGAGGGCGAGUGAGAGCAGGGAGAAGGCAGGUGGGGGCAGGAGGAGGUCUCCUGAGAGGCGCUUGCCGGGGCAACGCGUCCCUCGCACCCGCUCCCCGCACUCCCGCUCUCCUCAAAGGCGCUCUUCUCAGAGCAAAGGCACUGAGAGGCGCUCAGCAGGCAGCCCCUCCAGCAGCUCCAGUGGUGGCCGUGAGGCCUCGAGGUACAGGGGUUGA